AUGGACGACCUGUCCGAGCAGGGACUUCAGGAAGAAAGCUUGGACUACGUGUUCGGGCGUAUGCUGUUCCUCGCGAUCGACGACUGGAAAGAGUACUUUUCACGCGUUCACCACCUCUUGAAGCCCGGUGCCAUCGUCGAGCACCAGGAUUGCUCCUGGGAGUACUACCGCCAAGGUACACAGACAAAGCUCAGCGGAAAUUGGUCUUGGCAUCAAGCAGUUCUAGAGGAGUCGCAGGCUAUGGGACUGGAUAUCCUAGUUGGUGAUCAUGUCGGAGAUCACAUGAAAGCCGCCGGGCUCGAAGUGCUUCUUACGCGAUCGUUUGAGUUUUCAAUGAUGCCGUCCGAGAAGAAUAUUCCCAGCGCUGCAGUCGGGUGCUAUGCGCAACGCACUCUUCUCAAGGCAUUCCCAGACCUUCUCAGAAAGAUAUUGACAAAGCGGGACUUGUACUCUGAUGAAGAUGUUUUGAAAUUGACAAAGGAGUGUCUUGAGACUUCAUCGGCGGAGGAGGGGAUUUUUGUCAAGUACACAGUCACCAUUGGGAGGAAGCCAGCUCAGUAG